GGGCCAUGCAGUUCCUCUCACAAUGGCAGGCACACAUCCACAAUGUCCAGAGGGUCCAGGGCACCACCAUAAAGAAGAAGAAGAAGGGACGCUACUCGAAGGACUUCUGCCCGGCGGAUCAUGGGCCCCUCCUGAGCAAGGCGAUGCUCAUCAUUUCACAAGAGGAGGAACACCCCAAGCCUUCCUCCAGCUCCGAGCCUGACUACAGCGAAAUAUAUAGAUACCUCUCUCAGCUGUUGGCGGGACAGGAGCCAACCCAGGUGAGCCAGGGCAGCGCUGCAAAGGUUUUGGAGGUGAUGGAGAAGGUGCAGCUGCUGGCAAGCCACAGCCUGGACCUGAAAAAAACUGUACCACCACUUGAGCCAAAACAUGGCCUCGUACCUCCAGCCCUGGAGUAAGAAGGGAGCAGACACCUCUCCCAGCACCUUACCACAAGGGGAGAGUUCCAGCACCUUGCCACAGGGGGAGAGUUCCAGCUCCUUACCACAGGGGAAGAGUUCCAGCACAUUACCACCAGGGGAGAGUUCCAGCACCUCACCACAGGGGGAGAGUUCCAGCACCUUGCCACAGGGGGAGAGUUCCAGCUCUUUACCACAGGGGGAGAGUUCCAGCACAUUACCACCAGGGGAGAGUUCCAGCACCUCACCACAGGGGGAGAGUUCCAGCACCUUACUACAGGGGGAGAGUUCCAGCACCUUACCACAGGGGGAAAGUUCCAGCACCUCACCACAGGGGGAAAGUUCCAGCGCCUCAUCACAGGGGGAGAGUUCCAGCGCUGAGAUGGAUGAGUGCCCACUGUUUCUCGAGGUGGAGGACCAGUUGAGGACCAGCUCCAAGGACCUGGCAGGCCACGACCCCCGCUGUGAGAAGGUGAAAGAGAGACUCGUGGAGAAGGUUAGUUGUGCUGCCAGUAGUCCCCAAGGCACCACAGUAAUGACCUGCCUUCUGAGCAGCUCCUGCUGGGAGGCUCCUCAUUGA